CCCCAGCAGUUAGUCAGUCAGUCGCACUCUGCACCACCUUCAGUAAGGACUCACCUUUCACCAGUUCAGGUGCAGUUGUGUAUGCGAUUGGAAGUCAUGGCGGGCAGGAUCACCUGUGGACUGUGGACGGCCGUCUUUCUCCUGGGAUGUGGGGGGCUGUCUGCGUUCAACCUGGACACCGACAAUGUCCUGCGGAAGAACGGAGAACCGGGCAGUUUGUUCGGCUUCUCUCUCGCCAUGCACUGGCAGCUUGCUCCGGUGGAUAGGAAAAUGCUGCUGGUCGGGGCCCCGAGAGCCAAAGCUCUGAGUCGCCAAAAAUCCAAAGUGACAGGAGGACUGUACAACUGUGACGUGACCACCACCUCAGCUGGUUGCCUCAGAGUUAACUUUGACAACAACGAGGACACAGAGAACGAGAGCAAAGAGAACCAGUGGAUGGGAGUGACGGUCAACAGUCAGGGGCCAGGAGGAAGGGUUGUGACCUGUGCCCAUCGCUACCAGCGGCGGAGCAAUAUGGGCAAAGCCCUCGAGUCCCGCGACAUUAUCGGCCGCUGCGUCGUGAUGAGUCAGUCCUUUACCUUCAAUACCCCAUCGGAAGAGGGAGAGAAGUGGCAUUUCUGCGACGGCAGGAACAGAGGCCACGAGCAGUUCGGCUCCUGCCAGCAGGGCCUCUCUGCCACAUUCGACAAGGACUACCACUACCUCAUCUUUGGGGCUCCUGGGGCGUACAACUGGAAAGGUGUGGUACGCUUGGAACAAAACAACGAAACCUUCCUAGAAAUUAACGACUAUUACGACGGCCCUUUUGAGGUGGGAGAUGAGGGAGAUAAGAACCCCGCGCUGGUCCCCGUUCCUUCCACCAGCUACCUGGGCUUCUCGCUGGACUCGGGGAAUAGUCUGACCAAGAAGGGCCAGCUGACGGUGGUGGCGGGGGCUCCCCGAGCGAACCACAGUGGAGCGGUGGUGCUGCUGAAGAAAGGCGAGCAGACAAGCAAAAUCAUGGUCGAUGAGUACAUCCUGCAAGGGGAAGGGCUGGCCUCAUCUUUCGGCUACGAUCUGACUGUGCUGGACCUCAACGGGGACGGCUGGCAGGACAUAGUGGUGGGAGCACCGCAGUACUUUGAGAAGGACGGGGAAAUCGGAGGAGCUGUCUACGUCUUCGUCAACAAUGAGGGAAAGUGGGAUAAAGUCAGGCCCACCAGAAUAGACGGACCUCAGGACUCCAUGUUUGGCCUGGCUGUGGAAAACCUGGGGGACAUCAAUCAGGACGGUUUCCAGGAUUUUGCGGUUGGAGCUCCUCAUGCGGAUGACGGUGCAGGGAAAGUUUACAUGUACAACGGAGCAGCCACGGGUCUCAGCUCGACAAAAGCUGCACAGGUUCUGUCCGGAAAGCCUUUAGGAGUGAAGCUGUUUGGCUACUCUUUGGCAGGAAACAUGGACUUGGAUAAGAACUCCUACCCUGACCUGGCUGUGGGAUCCCUCUCUGACGCCGUCUUCAUCUACAAAGCCCGUCCGGUUGUUAACAUCAAGAAGGAAAUCAAGUUCUCCCCGGAGGUAAUCGACCUCACCCAGAAGAACUGUGGCGACAAAUUCUGUUUGGACGUUGACGUCUGCUUCACCCUCACUGCCAACCCCAUGAGCUAUGCUCCCAGACUGACGGUGUCCUACUCCAUCGAGGCGGACGCUGUCCAGAGGAAGAACGGUCUCAUCCCCAGGGUGACCAUCUCCCAGCCCACGGAGGGUUCCUACAAGUCCAGCGGAACAGUCCCCCUGGACAGUAAAGGACAGAAAAAGUGCAUUAAGCGUCAGCUUGUCAUACAGGAUAAUAUCCGUGACAAGCUGCGGGGGAUCCCCGUCGACGUGUCCGUGAACAUCUUGAACAGCAACCGGAAACGCAGACAGAGCUCAGCUCCUCCCCUGGCCCCGGUCCUGGACGCCAAGGAGCCCCCCAUAACUCGAUCGGAGGUGAAUUUCCUGAAGGAAGGAUGCGGCAGCGACAACGUUUGUCAAAGCAAGUUACGUGUGACGUAUCGCUACGGCCACAGGAACACGGACGAUGACACGCUCACUCCAUUAGAAGUGAAGAACGGCCUGCCGGUGAUCUCGCUCAGCGACCAGAAGGAGAUCGUCCUGGAGGUCAAGGUGUCCAAUCGGAACGGAGAUGAUGCGCACGAAGCCUCAGUGAAGGCCACCUUCCCCAACUCCCUCACCUACUCUACUUUCCGCAGUCUACCUGGUGAGAGGCCGGUAACAUGUGCAGCCAACAAAGACGGCUCUCAGGCGGACUGUGAGCUCGGGAACCCCUUCAAACGGGACGCUGAGGUGACCUUCUACAUCAUACUGGGCACGUCGCGCAUCUCUCCCAACUCCACCGAACUGGAGAUUGAUCUGCAGCUGAACACGACAAGCUCCCAGGAGGAUUUGGCCUCUGUUAAAGCAAGAGCAACGGUGGCUAUCGUGUUGCAGCUGUCUCUAUCAGGACAAGCUCAGCCGUCUCAGGUCUACUUCACAGGUGAGGUCACAGGUGACACGGCCAUGAAGACUGAAAGCGACAUCGGCAGUGCCGUCACACACCAGUUUAGAAUAAUCAAUCUGGGAAAGAGUUUGAAAGACUUUGGCACCGCCACGCUCGACAUCGACUGGCCAAAAGAGACAGCGGAUGGGAAGUGGCUGCUCUACCUGACGAAGAUCAGCUCCACUGGGCUGGUCCAGGAGGAGUGCUCUCCUAAAGGGGUGAUCAACCCUCUCAACAAGGAAAUAAGCAACACCAGGAGGAGAAGAGCAGCAGAAAAGCUCCAGGGACUUGACCAGGGGACUUUGUCACGUUUACUGGACCAGAAGAAAUCUGAAACUCUGUCCUGUGACAGCGGGGCCAGAUGUGUUACUAUAAAGUGCCCCCUGCGGGGCCUGGACAGUAAUGCAGUCAUCACUCUCAGCUCUCGCCUCUUUAACAGCACCUUCAUAGAGGACUAUUCCAAGCACCACCACGUGGAGGUGAUAGUGAAGGCCUCUCUGCGUGUCAACAGCAAAGCAACCAACAUAGAGCUGGAAAACGCUGACACACAGGUGAGGCUGACGGUGUUCCCAGAGAGGCGUGAGGCCCAGUAUGGAGGCGUGCCGUGGUGGAUCAUCGUGCUGUCCAUCCUGUUUGGGCUGCUGUUGCUGGCCCUGUUGGCUUUCCUUCUGUGGAAGUGUGGAGUCUUCGGGAAAAAGAAUAAAGGGGACCCGUCAGAAAAAGAGAAACUGGCAAAUUCAUAGAAAAAGAGAGAGGUGUGGCUUUUUUAAGCGUGCCAAAUAUGAAGAAAGGGUUCCCAGUUACAACGCUGUCUGGAUAAAACGGGAGGAGAGAGCAAAUAACCCCGGGAAUGGGAAAUGGCAAAACCUGGAAAAGAAGCCCUGGAUGACAACCUGGCACGACAAAGAACAUUAUUCUUAACUGACUUCCUGUCGCUUACUGAUGAACUCCCAAUUUCUCCGAUUUCUCUUGCUUUUUCAUUGCACAGCGUGGACUGUAAUUAUCAAGAAACAAAGAAAG